CUGUCACUUGCCGAUGCCCCGCCCCGCCCGUGAUGUCAUCACGUUUUACGUCCUCGGGUAGACGCAAAGCGACAGUUACAUGCUGGGAAGCUCGCGGCUUUAGACAACAUCUUCAGUUAUGGCAUCCCUUUCGCUAGCACCUGUGAACAUUUUCAAGUCCGGCGCCGAUGAAGAGAAAGCAGAAACUGCACGACUGUCAUCCUUCAUUGGUGCAAUAGCCAUUGGGGAUCUGGUUAAAAGCACUCUGGGACCAAAAGGAAUGGACAAAAUUCUACUGAGUAGUGGAAGAGAUGGAUCGGUUACGGUAACGAAUGAUGGGGCAACCAUUUUGAAAGCCAUUGGUGUUGACAAUCCAGCUGCUAAAGUGUUGGUUGACAUGUCCAAGGUUCAAGAUGACGAAGUUGGAGAUGGCACCACAUCAGUCACUGUUUUAGCAGCGGAGUUGUUAAGGGAAGCAGAACUGCUCAUUGCAAAGAAGAUUCAUCCUCAGAUCAUCAUAUCUGGAUGGAGGAAUGCCACACAGGCAGCAAGAGAGGCACUGAAGAAUUCUACUGUGGAUCAUGGUAAGGAUGAAGAGAAGUUUCAGGAAGACCUGAUGAACAUCGCACGAACCACACUGUCUUCCAAACUGUUGACUCACCACAAGGACCACUUCUCCUCCUUGGCUGUUCAGGCUGUGCUUCGAUUAAAAGGCUCUGGUAACUUGGAGUCCAUCCAUGUCAUAAAGAAGCUUGGAGGAAGCAUGAUGGACUCUUACCUCGAUGAAGGCUUUCUGUUGGAUAAGAAAAUUGGUGUCAACCAGCCAAAAAGAAUCGAAAAUGCCAAAAUCCUAAUUGCAAACACAGCUAUGGACACAGAUAAAAUUAAGAUCUUUGGCUCCCGAGUAAGAGUAGACUCCACAGCUAAAGUGGCAGAAAUUGAGCAAGCAGAACGGGAGAAAAUGAAGGAGAAGGUGGAGCGAAUCUUAAAGCAUGGAAUCAAUUGCUUUAUUAACAGGCAGCUUAUCUACAACUAUCCAGAGCAGCUCUUUGGUGCAGCUGGAGUGAUGGCCAUUGAACAUGCCGACUUUGUGGGAGUCGAGCGUCUGGCUCUUGUGACAGGGGGAGAAAUUGCCUCAACUUUUGACCAUCCGGAGUUGGUUAAACUGGGCCAUUGUAAACUGAUUGAGGAGGUCAUGAUCGGAGAAGACAAACUGAUCCACUUCUCUGGUGUUGAAAUGGGUGAAGCUUGUACCAUCGUCCUUAGGGGAGCCACCCAGCAGAUUCUUGACGAAGCAGAGCGUUCUUUGCAUGAUGCACUCUGUGUCCUUGCCCAGACGAUAAAAGAAACGAGGACCGUGUAUGGAGGAGGCUGCUCCGAGAUGUUAAUGGCAAACGCCGUUCGAGAAUUGGCAAACCGAACACCUGGAAAAGAAGCUGUUGCCAUGGAGUCUUUUGCCAAAGCCCUUAGUAUGAUUCCUACCAUUAUAGCUGACAACGCUGGCUAUGACAGUGCAGAUCUGGUCGCUCAGCUACGAGCAGCACACAUAGAGGGCAAAACCACAUGCGGCCUAAAUAUGAUUAACGGCACAAUUGGAGACAUGGUGGAGCUGGGCAUCACAGAAAGCUUCCAGGUUAAGCGGCAGGUGCUUCUGAGUGCGGCCGAAGCUGCAGAGAUGAUUCUCCGUGUCGAUAAUAUUAUCAAAGCUGCUCCCAGAAAACGAGUUCCAGACCACCAUCCAUGUUAACUGAGGUGUGAAAACUAAGCUAUGCUUUAAGUGGACCAGACAUAUGGGGACAAGCCAGUGCAGUCUCUUCAGAAGCGGGAGUGAGAAGGCUUGUGUAUUUAUAAUUGUGUCCAAAGCACUCUUUGUUAACUUAUUACUGGUAAGACGUCACAGCCCAGUCCUCUGCCCACACUGGUAUGCUAACUUUGCAGGGGCUUGUUCAGUUUCUUCACAAUAAUAAAGCAGUAAACAUC